AUGUUCGAGUGGACAGAGGGUAACGUUUUGGAUUCUGCAUUAAAAGAAACAGAGGGUAAUGGUAUCCAUAAUUUAAAUGUGGAUAUUUCUGCUGAGAACAGGAUGAAAGACUCUAUGAGAAAUCCUACUCGAAGAGGACGAUUACAGGCCCGAGCAGUGGAAAUGGCAGCAGCUGGAAAAGCUAGAAUGUCCGAUUUUUGGUACCGACAUAAAGAUGUUGGCUCUUGUUCGCGAGAUUCAGUAGGUUUGUUGGGGCAAUGUAAUGCUGACUUCAUAGAUUCGUCUACAUCAUCGCCUGUGUCAAAUUUAGAGCAAAAAAAACGAAGCCCUCUACUCACGCGGAAAAAAAUCAGUGUACAAAAUAAUGAAAUCGAAGAAGUUCAGGAAGUACCAAACAGCCCUCCAAAAACGUUAACAACUAAAGCACUUACAUUGAAUGAAGAUAUUCUUUGGGGUCAGUCGCUGCACUUCAAAUUAGAUCCUGACUUUUGCAAAUAUCUGAAUGUAAUUGUGCAAACGCGACCAUCAAACCGUGAGGAAAGAAAUUCCACUGACAAUCAAAUUCCAGUGACACAUGAGGAUGAUUUUUCUCAAAUGCUUGGUUAUGUGAGCAUUUACAUUCCCCAACUGCUGGACGACUGUCAACUCACACUCUCAAAUUGUCAUCGUGAGCUCUUCAUGUUGCGACCUCCAUUCUGCAUAACAAGACGUCGUUUAACAUCAAAAGCUGCAGAGGAAAGUCGCAGAGCUGGUUUUGAUGAACGACUGUGUUAUGGGGAUAUCGUUUUAGGCUUUCGUUAUUUCCCUGAAGGUUUUCCUACGGAUGUUAAAGAUCAGUUAAACACAGAAAAUGCAGUAGAAAAAAGUUUUAUGGAGAGUAAUAUUGAGCCAUCAUCGUCAACUACACAUAGUUUCAAAUCGAUUGCACUGAAAGGAUGGGCUAUUUGUGCAGUUUGUAAAGGGAAAGUUUGGCUUAAAUUAGCGUCACACUGUACGCGGUGCUUUAUAAUUUUUCACAACAAGUGUUUAGUCAAAGUUGACUCAGCUUGUACUCCACGUCCUCUCAUUGAUGAUUCAACUUAUGAAGUUUCACAUUGUGAGGAACAUCCAUCUACUCGGCGACGCCGUAUUGCAAUUAAGGUGUCUGAAAGAAUAAGUUCAACUUGGAAGAGUGUUGGACGCAAGAAAGCAUCUUUUCACGCUUUAAAAGAAAUUCAGAGAAAAAGUAAUUAUCACCGAUUUCAUUCUUGGAAAAAGCAUAAAUCUCCUGUUCAAAUUGAAAAUUGUGAAAUUGUGCCAGUAGAGAAAGCAAUACCGGAUGUUUUUUCGAUAUUAAGACUCUCAGGAAAUACGCGCCAAAUGAUGUAUCAACCAGGAAACGCCUAUAAUGAGGAAAUGAUAAGUGCUGCUAAAAUUGCUGGUAAAGAUAUGUUUUCUAAUCUAGAUCCUGUCGAGAGAAAAGCAAAAAUUAAUGAAGAUAUGGAAAAAAUACGUAGUAUCAUUCACCAAACAACCGUAGAACGCUUGAGUGUCAUGGAAAGCGAAAGAGAUGCACAAAGCUGCGAUUCUGUCAAGUUUAUUUUGUUGGAGAACAGACUUCAAGCUCUUGCUGUCCUUAUGUUACAUUAUUGUGCUGCUUUACAGAACUGUAUCGACCUGGAAGAAAACUGCGAAUGUCAAAAUGAAAAAAUAGCAUGA